UUGUGAAGUCAGCAAUUCGGGCAAAGAAAAAAAAAACACAAACACACACUUCUUCGGUUUCAUUUCAAGAGUUUAUUUCGCUCACUUGUUCGGACAAAACCCAUUAAAAAAAUAAGCUUUAGAUAGAGAGAGAGAGAGAGAAAGAAAAAAAGAGAGAGAAAGAGAGAGAAAAACCCGAAAACCCUUUGGAUUUUCAAUAUUGUUGUUGAGAGAGAGGCUGAUGAGAGAAGAGCUCGAAGACGAAGAAGAGCUUUGAGAAAAAAAAAAACACGACGCCGUUUUGAAAGAAGGAAGGAAUGGCUCAGAAGCUUCAGCUUCAGCUGAAGGAGGUCGGAUCCAAGCUCGAGACUCCUCCUUCUACCAAAGACUCUCUCGUCAAGCUCUUGAAGCAAGCUGCAACAUGUCUCUCUGAGUUGGAUCAAUCACCAUCGGCUUCAAUCAUGGAGUCAAUGCAGCCUUUUCUUAAUGCAAUCGUCAAGCCUGAAUUGCUGAGGCAUCAAGAUAGGGAUGUCAAGCUUCUAGUAGCAACAUGUAUUUGUGAGAUAACCCGCAUUACUGCACCCGAAGCUCCAUACAGUGAUGAUGUUCUAAAGGAUAUCUUUCGUUUGAUUGUGAGCACUUUUAGUGGGUUAAGUGAUACUAGUGGUCCAUCAUUUGGUAGGAGAGUGGUCAUUUUGGAGACUCUUGCAAAAUAUAGGUCAUGUGUUGUGAUGUUGGAUCUUGAAUGUGAUGAUCUGGUGAAUGAAAUGUUCAGUACAUUUUUUGCUGUUGCCAGUGAUGAUCAUUCAGAAAGUGUUCUGUCAUCAAUGCAAACAAUUAUGGUUGUACUCUUAGAGGAGAGUGAGGAUGUCAGGGAGGAUCUUUUGUUUGUUAUAUUGUCUAUACUGGGUCGUAAUAGAAGUGAUAUUACUAUGGCUGCAAGGAGGCUUGCGAUGAAUGUCGUAGAGCACUGUGCGGGAAAACUUGAAGCUGGCAUAAAACAGUUCCUUGUAUCAUCAAUUUCAGGAGAUAAUAGGUCACUGAAUAGCCAAAUUGACCACCAUGAAGUUAUUUUUGAUAUAUAUCGCUGUGCUCCUCAGAUCCUAUUAGGAGUAGCCCCAUACCUGACAGGAGAGCUACUGACUGAUCAGCUAGAUACUCGGUUGAAAGCAGUGGGGUUAGUUGGAGACCUAUUUUCUCUGCCAGGCACUGCUAUCCCUGAAGCCUUUCAGCCUAUCUUUUCAGAGUUUUUGAAGAGGUUGACUGACAGAGUUGUUGAGGUUCGAAUGUGUGUUCUUGAACAUGUCAAGAGCUGUCUGCUCUCUAAUCCGUUAAGAGCUGAAGCUGCUCAAAUAAUUGAUGCACUUUGUGACCGGCUGUUGGACUUUGACGAAAAUGUACGAAAACAAGUUGUUGCUGUAAUCUGCGAUGUGGCAUGUCGGGCUCUAAAUGCUAUCCCUCUUGAAACAGUAAAGCUUGUAGCUGAGCGCGUUCGGGACAAAUCUCUCCUUGUUAAAAAAUAUACCAUGGAGAGAUUGGCUGAGAUAUACAGGGUGUAUUGCUUGAAGUGCUCUGAUGGCUCAAUUAUGUCCGAUGAUUUUGACUGGAUUCCUGGGAAGAUUUUAAGAUGUUUUUAUGAUAAAGAUUUCCGAUCAGAUACAAUUGAAUCUAUUCUGUGUGGGUCCUUGUUCCCAAUUGAGUCCUCGGUCAAAGAUAUAGUUAAGCAUUGGGUAAGAGUUUUCUCAGGAUUUGAUAAAGUUGAGGUGAAGGCCCUUGAGAGGAUACUGGAGCAGAAGCAAAGGUUACAACAAGAGAUGCAGAGAUACCUAUCUCUUAGGCAAAUGAAUCAGGAUGGUGAUGCUCCUGAGAUCCAAAAAAAAGUGAUUUUCUGCUUCCGAAUUAUGUCUCGCUCGUUUGCUGACCCUACAAAGGCUGAAGAGAAUUUUCUGAUUCUUGAUCAAUUGAAAGAUGCUAAUAUCUGGAAGAUUUUGACAAAUCUUGUUGAUCCAAACACUAACUUCCAUCAAGCUUACACUUUUCGGGAUGAUUUGCUUAGAAUACUUGGUGAGAAACAUCGACUCUAUGACUUUCUGAGCAAUCUCUCCGUGAAGUGUUCUUAUUUACUUUUCAACAAGGAGCAUGUGAAAGAAAUAAUUUUGGAGGCUGCCACACAAAAAUCCGCUGGGAAUACACAAUAUACUCAAUCAUGCAUGAAUAUACUAGUGAUCCUUGCACGCUUCUGUCCAUUGCUGCUCAGUGGUUCUGAAGGGGAAUUAUUGAAUUUUCUUAAAGAUGAUGAUGAAAUAAUAAAAGAAGGUGUCUUGCAUGUUCUAGCAAGGGCUGGUGGUACCAUCCGAGAACAACUGGCAGAUUCCCUGGCUGAUUCAUUGAGUUCCAUAGACCUUAUAUUGGAGAGGCUAUGUUUAGAAGGGAGUCGAAGACAGGCCAAGUACGCUGUACAUGCCUUGGCUGCCAUAACAAAGGAUGAUGGACUUAAGUCACUUUCUGUUUUAUAUAAGAGGCUUGUGGAUAUGUUGGAGGAGAAGACACAUUUGCCUGCUGUACUACAAUCUCUAGGGUGUAUAGCACAGACUGCAAUGCCAGUUUUUGAAACCAGAGAGAGUGAAAUUGAAGAUUUCAUAAUAAACAAGAUUCUGAAGUGCAGUAACAAAGCAGAAGAUGAUUCAAAAACAUCUUGGGAUGACAGAAGUGAACUUUGUUUGUUAAAGAUUUUUGGCAUCAAGACUUUGGUUAAAAGCUAUUUGCCUGUUAAAGAUGCUCAUGUUCGUCCUGGCAUCAAUGGUCUUCUGGAUAUCCUCAGAAACAUACUUUCUUUGGGAGAGAUAUCAAAAGACGUAGAAUCAAGCUCAGUUGAUAAGGCCCAUUUGAGGCUUGCUUCUGCAAAGGGGAUUCUUCGUCUGUCAAAGCAUUGGGAUGAGAAGAUUCCUGUUGAUAUCUUCUACUUAACCUUGAGGACCUCAGAGAUUAGUUUCCCUCAAGCUAAAAAACUAUUCCUGAGCAAAGUCCAUCAGUAUAUAAAGGAUCGACAUUUGGAUGCAAAAUAUGCUUGUGCAUUCUUAAUUGGAUCCAAGCCGCUAGAGAUUGAAGAGGAUAAACAGAACCUUGCUGACAUUAUUCAAAUGUAUCAUCAAGCAAAGGCUCGACAACACUCUGUGCAAUCUGAUGGAAAUUCCUUGACAAAUUAUCCUGAAUACAUUCUCCCAUUCCUGGUUCAUGCUCUUGCUCAUCAUUCAUGUCCCAAUAUUGAUGAAUGUAAGGAUGUCAAAGCAUUUGAACUAAUAUACAGGCAAUUGCACUUAAUUAUUUCUAUGCUGGUGCAUAGAGAUGAAGAUGCCAAGUCAGAAGCUAGUACGAACAAGGAAAAGGAGAAAGAAGUUAUUUCUGUUAUUAACUCUAUCUUUCAUAGUAUCAAGUGCUCCGAGGAUGUGGUUGAUGCAGCAAAAUCAAAGAAUUCGCAUGCUAUUUGUGACCUUGGGUUGUCAAUCACCAAGCGUUUAGCCGCAAAGGAGGAUGACUUACAGGGGUUUACUGCAUCAAUCCCUUUGCCCUCUAUGGUGUAUAAAUCGUUUGAAAAGCAAGAAGGGGAUGACUCUGUGGCCAAUGUGGGGCAAACAUGGUUGGCCGAUGAGAACAUCUUGACUCACUUUGAAUCACUUAAGUUAGAAACUGAUGAAAAGCAGGUUUUUUCUGAAGGAGCUCAGGGUGAAGAGAAACAUGGUGAAGUAGAUGGAAAUGAAAUGCCCAUAGGGAAAAUGUUAAAACACUUAAAAUCUAAGGGGGCCAAGGCUAAACAGGUGAAAAAGAACAAGUCUUCACCAGCUGAAGCAAAAAAGGCUGAAAAUGAUGUUGAUAUCUUGAAAAUGGUGAGGGAAAUUAAUAUUGAUAACUUGGGGGUUUCCACUAAGUUUGAAUCAAGCAAUGGUCAUGAACAUUUUCCAAGUAAGAAAGCAAAAGUUGAUCCUAAACAUGAAAAAGGUAAAAAAAGAAUCGCUAGUGAUACAGCAUCUGUUCAAGUACCGAAACGCCGGAGAUCAUCACCAGCUCACAGUGCUUUCAGAUCACCAACAAGUACUUCAAAGGCCCGUUCAAGAGUUUCUAGGGAUGAAUUAGAUAGAAGCAGACUUUCCUCACUUCAAUCCAUUGAAAUGGAUCAAGACAGUGGCUUUGAUGUAAAAGACAAAAUAUCUACGCAGAAGAAAAAGGCUGAAGGUGCUGAGACAGACUUGUUGGUAUCUUCCAUUCAAAAGAACAAAAGCUCCUCAUCAAAACAAAAGGGCAAGUUGUCUGACCGGGGCCAUAAUGAUGAGGAAAAUGAAGUGGGAGAAGCCAAUGACCAUGAUGUGGAGAAGCCUAAUGUGCUGACAGAGACUGAUAAAAUUAACAUAAAUAGUAAUGUCAAGUCUCCAAUGGGGUCUAGCAGGAAGCGGAAGAGGAGAAGCAUUGCAGGAUUGGCGAAGUGCACAUCAAAGGCUGGUGGACUAGAUAUCGAAGAUCUGAGUGGUUGCAGAAUAAAAGUUUGGUGGCCUAUGGAUAAGAAAUUUUAUCAAGGCACGGUUAAGUCUUAUGAUCCUCUAAAAGGAAAGCAUGUGGUAUUAUACGAAGAUGGGGAUGUGGAAGUUCUCCGUUUAGAAAAGGAGCGCUGGGAGCUUGUUGACAAUGGUCGCAAGCCUUCAAAGAAACAGAAGUUAAAUUCAUCAAAGGGCACCCCGUCGAAAGAAGUGUCACCUGGGAAGAAAAAUAAAAAUUCAGGUGGUUCUCAUCGGAAUAAGGAAUCAGUUAAGAAUGUUAAAGGAAAAAGAACUCCAAAAAGAAAUCCGAAGCAUGGACGGAAGGGUGUAUUAAAAAGUGACUUGGGUGAAGCUGAAGACAAAGGGAAUUUUGACAUGCCAAAUCCUGAACCCACUACAUCAUCCAAAGCAGAUGAAAUGAACUCAGAUGAUUCAGAAGGGGAACAAGCUGAAAUGGACGAGAACCUAACAGAUAGUGAGGAACCUGAGAAGGAAGUGAAGCCAGUUUCAAAAACAAAACAGUUGGAAGACACGGAGAAGACCCCAGAUCUUGCGGAUGAAUCUGAUGGAGAAGAAAAUCCCGAUUCUGAAGGGAUAAGUGCUGAAGAUAUUGAGACUGUCCCAGGAGAUAGUCAAAAUGGUCCUGAAGAGAAAUCUCAUUCAGAAGAUAAAGAAGCAGAUGAAUCAAGCAGCACCUUGAAAGAGGUAUCUAAUGAAGAAGACAAAUCCGAUUCAGAAGAGAAUCAAGAAACCAAUGAAAGCAGUCCCACAAAACAGAAGAAGCCUAGAAGAGGGUCAUUAGAUCCUUCUGAUGCCCUUGAUGCUGAAAUUUCUGAUGAUGAGCCUCUUAUGAAGUGGAAGCGGCGAGCGGGGAAAAGGAAAAGUGGCUCAAGACGGUAGGGUAAGUAGCUGUAGUAGCGGUGACGUACAAUACUUCACUAAGCUGUGGUGCUGUGGCAGGUUCAAUGUCGGUGCUUUCUGUCUAGUUAUAGGCGCCAAGAGUGAAAGAAGAUGAAUGCCAUUCAAUCGUGUAAACAAGACUAAUAAGCGUACAGAGUAGUUUGCCGGGUGGGCAGCCAUGUGUAGAAUGUAAAAUAACAGUAGAAGUUCCCACGUUUAGGUAACCAGUGCAGUGUUAGAAAGUGGGGGUGAUGAUCCAACAGAUGACCGUGUUAGUGGCUAGGUGGUAGUAGGUUUGGCACAUAAUUUUAUCAUGAGGUGUGGUGCGCAUCUUUUUUGAUCUCUCAGAUUGAUAAAUUGAUGGGCCACAUGUACAGUUUAUACGUGGGGAUAGAUGUAUGUUAGUAUAUUCAUGUUUGAUUCCUAACAAAACCUUUACAAGUUAUAAUCUGACUGCUACUCUGUCUACAGUUUUUUCUGUAAUUUGUAUUCCUCACUUCUCUAUUUUCUUUAA